AUGCCUACAGACCCUCCAUCAAAGAGACGGAAGACAUCCAAUGCUAGUCUGGUCUUUAAUAUACCGGAAGUUCACGCUGCCUACGUCGAAUGGGCAAUUGCCCGAGGAAUUGAGAUCCAUGGAGUUACACCCGCCGUGCUUCCUGGUAGAGGUGUCGGCCUGUUGGCAAAAGAAGAUAUAAAGAAAGAUGAUGUGCUGUUCUUUGUGCCGGANAAAGCCAUGAUCAAACCUGAGAUGGCAACACUCCGCAAGCACAAAUUGACGAAACUAUCUUCGCAGGCUCAACUAGCCGCACAUCUCACUCUGGAAUGGAAGAGCCAAUCUUCCACGUACGUCGCUUCGAGACCUGCUUGGCCAAAACCUGAAGAUUUUACUUCUUGCAUGCUUGCUUGGUCUCCGAAGGAUGAACUGGAAGAUGUGUUACGCAAAUGGGCUCCACCGAGUGUACAAAAACCACUGGACCGCAUGCUGUCAGACUUGAAGCGAGACAUUGAUUCUGUAGAACACAUGCACGCUCCCGACGAUGAAGCAUUCAAGCGUGAGUUUCUCUACCAUUGGAUGCUCGUCAAUACACGCAGUUUCCACUGGAAGCCCCAAGGCGUCAGCCAAGGUGCCAUGAUUAUGAAUCCUGCAUUGGACUACAUGAACCACUGUCCGAACGGUCAAGGUUGUGAAGUCACGAUGUCGCCACAAGGCUAUGAACUGAAAGCAAACCGAAACUAUGAUGGAUUCAUCCUUCCCGAUACCAGCCUAGAUGACGACGAGAUCCGUCUGGACCACGUAUUACUGUCCCGCUUGACCGAGACCCAACAAAGCGCUCUGCAAGAUGUGGGCUUCCUUGGUGGCUAUGCGUUGUUACCAAGCUCUGGUGAAUUGUGCUUCAAGACGCAGGUUGCCGUGCGCUCGGUACUCCUUACAGCCAACGAGUGGGAGCACUUCAUGGGUUCCGGAGAGGACCUCGCAGACGACAAAGAGGACGAAGUUCUCGAUUGGCUGAGACCCUCUCUUGAAUCUUACACCGAAGAAGCUAAAGAAGCUAUUGCGUCCCUGAAAGCGCUUGCAGAAGAGAAAACAGGCGAUCUUGCAAACAAGCUCAAACUCCUCCAAGCCAGAUGGGAACAGAUCUUGACUGGGCUUGAGGACUUCCUGGACUAA